AUGGAGAAGCACGUACAGAUUCUCCUCAACAGGCUCUCCUUUACCUCCAUAGCCACAGCCACGCUGACCCUCUUGCUCCUCUACCUCCAAACCCCCAGUACCUGCGUCGACCCGUCCGAUCCGAACCCGAAACCCCACACCCGUUUCCCCAAAUCCACCUGCGACCUCACCCACCGCCGCUACACCUCCGUCGACAAGCGCAACCGCCGCCUCUGGUCCACCAACGCCUGGAAAACCGCUGUCGCCUCCUAUUCCUCCCUCCUGACGGCCCUCCAGGCCCGAAACCACUUCUCGAACGACUCCCGGGCCCUUGUCGUCUCCGCCGGGCCGGGCCACGCCGUGCGCUCCCUGCAGGAAAUGGGGGUGGAGGAAGUCACCGGAGUGGAGCUGGUGGGCUCGCCGCCUCUGGUGAGCCAGGCGGAUCCCCACAACCUGCCAUUCUUUGAUGGGGUGUUUGAUCUCGGGCUCGGCCUGUACCUGGAUCUGGCCCUUUUCCCAGGCCGGUUUGUAGGGCAGUUGGAGAGGACGGUGAGGAGCGGUGGGGUUUGCUUGGUGACUGUAGAUGAGUGUGGGGGAGAUGAAGUGAAAGAGAUUGUGGGAUUGUUUAAGAAAUCAAGGUUUGUUGAUGUGAGAAAUUUGAGUUUGGCUGGGGAGAAAAGGACUGUGAUUGUUAUGAAAGUUGAGGAUAAUACAUGA